GUGAACGUUCUUCAGCAGAUGGCCAACGUGCACUCGCAUCCCAUACUGAAGGACGGCAUUGCCCUGGGCAAUAUUCGCGUGAUGGGCAUGUGGUACAACAUCUCCACCGCGGACGUCUACCUCUUCAGUUGGCUGCGCCGUAAGUUUGUCCUGCUGGACGAGUCCUCAUCACACCGUCUGUUGGAGGAGUACGCUUCCUAG